AUGGGAGAGUGCGACGUUUCAGAGUGCGAAGAGACUGUACCAAACAGCGCCUCCUAUCGGUGCGGCUACAGAAGACACCGCUCCCCCCCCCCACGCUCCUGGUCCAAGUUACCAUCCGCUCCACCCACACCACCGCCUCCUCUAGUCUUGACCCCGACUCGCAACUGUAAACUUCUGCGAAUAGGCGACAGCAGAGAGGGAUCAGACAAAGACAGGACGCCCUCUGGUCUGCAGCGAGCGAAUGACCCAGGCUGUGGACAUGCCCUCCCAUCCUCCAACCCCCACAGAGCUGGUCACGCCAUGGCCAGCAAAAGGAAGUCCUCGACACCUUGCAUGAUUCCCAGCAAGGCCACACGUCUGCUGGAUGAGGCAGAGCAGGUUUCUCCCAUUUAUCUCGGGCAAGCUAGGAGUUUGGGGAUCGAGCAGAAUAACUUCCUGGAUGCUUGCGAGAAGGCGGAGACAAGUGAAGAGAAAGAUGGCACUUACACUUGCAGGCCUUGCGACUUUGAGACCCAGGAUCUCAACCUGUUUUUGGACCACGUGUACUGCGGCCACCCAGAUUUCCGUUCGGACUCUUGCUUCCUGUGCCUGGCGUGCGGGGUUUCGUCGGCUAAGUUUGAAGGCCUGGCGCUUCACAAUGCCAGAGUCCAUCCCAGCACUUUGAACACCACUCUGCAGCUGAGAAUGAAAGACAAACGUGUGGUGGUGGAGCAGACUUUACUCAGCAAGGCAGAAACAGGGAAAGAUGCUGAAAUCGCCAUCACCAAAACGCCUAUUAUGAGAAUGCUCAAGGGGAAAUCUGAGCCCAAAAAGAUCAUGGUUUCGCACUCAACGUCGGAGGAAGCAGAGGCGCAUCCCGGGAAGAAAGAGAGCGAGCGGAAAGAUGCCGGGAAUGUCUCUUCUCUGGCUCACAACAGCACCGCGAAAGUCCUGCCUUCUGCUGUAAAGAUCGUCAAUGGAUCGGGAGCCUUGCCAAUACUCAAGACGCCUAUUACUCAAGUGGUGUCUGUGGUUCAGAGCAAAAACUUGAGUCACUCCGCACCUGUAACUGCUUUAAACGUGUCUUCUUCAGCUUCACAGUCUUCAAAAAGCCUUCCGAAGGUGAUGAUUCCUCUGAGCAGUAUUCCCACAUACAGUGCCUCUAUGGACGAAUCCUCCUUCCUGAAGACCUCUUUCAGCAAGUUUCCGUACCCGACGAAGGCCGAGCUCUGCUACCUGACCGUCGUCACCAAGUUUCCCGAGGAGCAGAUCAAGAUUUGGUUCACGGCUCAGAGACUGAAGCAGGGCAUCAGCUGGUCCCCCGAGGAAAUCGAAGAGGCCAGAAGGAAAAUGUUCAAUACUAUAAUCCAGACCGCACCAGCUAGCUCCGCCGGCCUGACCAGUCCCACUCAACACACCAUCACCGUCCUGCCCGCGUCGCUAGGGGCUGCGGGCCUUCCACACUUCCUCCAGGGCUCUUUAGUCAGCCAGGGAGGGAUGUUCGUCACACAGCCCAUGAUGGCCAAUGGUAUUCAGGUUAGCAGCACUCCGGUCGCUCUCGCUGUCACGCCCAAGCCGCAAGCCGCCGCCCGGCCGAUGAUGCAGGCUCGCCCGGCCGCCGCGCUGGGAGCAGACAAAGCUAUUAGCAUGGUGAUAGGAACCGUAGGCAGCAGCAGCGCAGGGACUAACGUUAUCAGCCCCAAUGAUUUUCCCUCGUCUGCCAGUAGUUCUCCAAGCAUCAAAAUGGAAGAUUCAGCCUCUCCUGCUUCUAAGUCCUCCUCGCCCUCCCCCGUGGCUUCCUCCGUCUCCGGCUCCAAAACCCCGGUCAAUCCGUUCAUGGACCCCAGCUUCUUCAAGGGCAAGAAGUCGCAGGGACAGCUCAACACCUUGAAAGAUAGUUUUCUGGUCAAUCAGUUCCCCGACCAGGAGGAAGUGGACAGACUCAUAGCUUUAACUGGACUCACCGUGAGAGAAGUCAGGAAGUGGUUCAGCGACAGACGAUACCAUUUGCGGAACCUAAAAGGGUCUAAGCCAGGAGGACCGGGGAAAGAUAAAGACAAGACCUCGUCGGGUUCGAACGGGAGCCAAGCGACGCCGGGGAGUGGCGUGGCGAACAGCGGCAGCCCUCUGGAUCUGUCCGAGGGGAGCGCCACCCCAGACGCCAAAGCAGCUGCUCCUCUGAGUCCCCCUCCGUCUCAAACCCCCACCUCUCCCAUCACACCCUCCAGACGAGCCCCCAGAGCACCCUCCCCAGACUUCACAGCAAUACGCUACAAGGAGAGGGAUCCCAAGCAGGUACGAGCGCUGGAGACGAGCUUUUCCAAAAACCCAGACCCACCCAACGAGGAGGUGGACCGGCUCCGCUCCGCCACCAAAAUGACCCGCCGCGAGAUCCACGGCUGGUUCACGGAGCGGAGAAAACGGGAGGCGGCCGAGAAGAAGAGGAAGGACGAGGAGCGAGCCGUACGGGAAGAGGAGGAGGAGGAGAACCAGGAAGAGGGCGAAGACGAGGACAAGCCCAAAGUCAACCCCAUCAAAAUCAACCUGAAGAUGCUGAAAGUGACCGAAGCGAAACAAGAGGGCGAUGCGUCCGUCAACCCUCCUUCUUCACAUCUGCAAAACACGCCGUCGUCAUCGCCAGCGCCUACAACAGCAACGGCGAAAAACACGACUCCCAAAUCGCUGGUGUCUCCCAAACCGACGGCUUACCGAGGCAAGAAGACUCCGGACCAGCUGCAUAUGUUGAAACAAGUCUACGCCAAGACGCAGUGGCCCAGCGCGAGCCAGUACGACGAGCUGAUCACCAACUCGGGGCUGCCGCGGCCCGAGGUGGUGCGCUGGUUCGGGGACUGCAGAUACGUGCAGAAGAACGGGCAGCUGAAGUGGCUGGGGAUGUACCAGUGCACCGCUCUGAGGGAGGCGCUGCAGAAGGGGAGAGAGGAGGCCCUGCAGAAGCACCUGGACACACACGGAGCGCUGAAGGAGGCCGAGCUCGAGGAGUUGAUAGAAGCCAGCGACCGCAACGGAGACCGCAACGGAGACCGCAACGGAGACCGCAACGGAGACCGCAACGGAGACCGCAACGGAGACCGCAACGGAGACCGCAACGGAGACCGCAACGGAGACCGCAACGGAGACCGCAACGGAGACCGCAACGGAGACCGCAACGGCGAAGCCCGCAGCACCAUCCGACGCCGUGGGGGAGCCUGGAUCCACGUCCCCUCCGGAGCCUCAGCCCGGGGCGGGGAACGAGGAGAAGAUGGAGCAGUCUGUGUGCGGCGUGUCCAAAACAGACCAAUGAGAACAGGCCGGGACAUGACCUUUUUUUAA